CUUUUAAUACAAAAAAGCAUCAAAGUGCCAAGAAUGCUUUUGAAAAGGACUUCUUUAAGCUUAUGAACAAUUUAGUUUAUAGCAAGACUAUGGAAAAUGUUUGUAAGUAUCAAGAUGUCAAGCUCAUAACUAUGAAUAAUAAGCAAGAUAAAAAGAAGUUUAUUAAUCAAAUUUGUAAGCCCUUCUUUAAAUAUGCUAGACAACUUGGAGGUACUUUAUAUAACUAUGUAAAAGAAAAAUAUAGAAAUAAUGCUAAGCUUGGAUAUAUGGAUACAGAUUCUUUUAUAUAUCUUGUUGAGACUAAAGAUAUAUAUAAAGACAUGACAGAGAGGCCUAAUAUGUUUGAUCUUAACAAUUCAAAAAUUAUAGGUCUUUUUAAAGAUAAGACUUCAGGCAAUGUAAUUACAGAAUCUUAUCAUAUUCGGACCAAAUCUUAUUACUAUGUUUUAGCAGAUAAGUUUAUAAAGUCUAAGCAUAAAAGAGUUACUAAAAAGGGUAUGAGCAAAAUGGCUAGUAAAACAUACUUCUCAACUCUAGGUGGUUCUCUUCUUAAUGAAACAGUAAACAAAGCUGAGAUCUUUAAUCCAAUAACCCAAGUUUAUCAUGAUUGUUUCUUUAGAAAUGAAGCUCUUUGCCUUAUAGAUACUAAACAUUGGAUAUUAUCAGAUGAAGUUACCUCUUUACCAUAUAACCAUUGGUGCAUAAGAGUAUAUAAAAAUAUGGUUAAAGAUAAUAUACCUCAUGAAGAAGUUAAAAAAAAAACUAUGAGGUACAGGCCUUCUAAGAAAUAUCAAAACAAAUAUGUAUCUCACAUAUCUAGCUCACUUCAAUAA